UAAAUCGACAAAGGAGAAGAGUUCGACCGACAAGGCUUUGAAAAGCAAGGUCGCUGCCAAGGACAAGACUGCGACUCGAGCGAAAGACAAGAGUGCGCUAAAGUCUAAAGCCGCCGUCAAAGGCAAGACAGCAAAAACGUUUGGCAAGAACAAGCUCGCCUCGAAGCAGCGGUCCGCGCUGAAGAGCAAGACGGCAAAGUCAAAGACGCUCAGCAAGGGCAGAAAGACUUCAAGCUCCAAGGCUCUCGCUAAAGGUAGAAAGUCCAAGACUGCGUCGAAAGUAGCCAAAGGCAGGACUGCAAAGUCCAAGGCUGUCGGCAAGAAUGCGUUGAAAUCCAAGGCUGGUCGCAAAGCCAAGACCACCAAGGCCGUUGGAAAGAACAAAUCCGCAUUAAAGGCUAAAGGCAAGACCGCAUUAAAGUCCAAAGCCGCCAAAGGCAAGAGUGCUUCGAGGUCCAAGGCAGUCCGCAAGGGCAAGGUAUUUGCAAAGAACAAGCUCGCUUCCAAGACCAGAGGCAAGACUGCGUCCAAGUCAAGGGCGUCGAAAUCCAAGGCC